CUCCCACCCAGCCCCACCUGUGCCAAGGUUUAAAUCCCAGCCCGGCUCAGCGCUGGGCACUCAGACCCGGCUCCCGGCAGCACCAUGAAGUCAGGGGCCAUCUUCCUCCUCCUGGGCCUCCUGGCCCUCUGGGCCCAGCUGCCGCCUGCAUCUGCUCGAGGUGAGUUCUGCUGGCUGCAUGCAGGUGAUUGGCCCACAGAACCCAGCAGUUCUCCCCACCUGUUCCAGGCUCGGCAGCAGGCCGGGACCCUCUGCCAGGGUGAAGGGACGAGCGAGGUCCGCAGAGCAGGCGGAAGCUCUGGGUACCAGGUCUCUCAGUGUGGAGCAGGAAGCCAGCGGGCAGGGGCCUGUCCUAGGCAGAAGCUGUGCAAGGAGGAGGGGACAGUCAGGGCAGCUUCAGGACGAUACUGCUUGACUGCCAUGUGCCUGUUCUGCCUUGCAGGACGACCUGGAAUCUGCCCCAAGCCCCAAGGCCUGGGGCUCUGCGUGGAGAGAUGCCGGGGGGACUAUUCUUGUCCUCCAGGACGAAAGUGCUGCAGUAAUGGGUGUGGACACGUCUGCAUGAAAGCACUAAUCCCACCGCCAGGGAGAUCCGGCCGUUGUCCAAAGCCAACUGGCUUCGGCAUUUGUGUGGAAUUGUGCAGUUCUGAUGUGCAGUGCCCCAGGGGACAGAAGUGCUGCAGCAACGGAUGUGGCCACGUCUGUACAACAGUAAUUUGAGGCUUGCGUUCCCUCCCCAGGCUUGGGACCCCUCUGCCGGCCAUGGCAUCACAACCUGCCUGAGGCCGGGGCCGGGCUGAGGAGUCCUUCCACGACGGAUCUGCUACGAGGGCUGGGGAGAAUGCUCCAUUCCCCCGUCGCUCUUCCCUUCUGGUAGCUUACUCUCCCAAGCACCCCCUGCCCUCCAUUAGCUGCUUCGGGGUGCCCUGCUGAGGGACUGCUUUGUGUCCUGAAUUUGGGGCCCCUGGCCAGGGAGCCAAGGGCUGUUGCUGCAGCCUUGGGGUGUGUUCCUCUCUGGCCAGCUCAGCUUUGCUUUUCUCUCUUAAUAAACGUGUGACGCAUUAACCCA